UUAGAUUCGAUCUCAACCUUCGCAAUGUCUACCCUAUAGGCUAUCGCUGCGUUUAUUUUCUCUCUCUAAUAAAGGUGUGCUAAUUUUCUAAUUUCGAUGAAAACCCAAUAAAAUCUGGAGAGAGAAUAUUCCGAAAUUGAAAAAUUAAAAAAAAAAAAAAAAGGGGAAAACCCCGGAGCUUCAGCUCGCACUAUCCCUUCUCUCCCUCUAUCCAAAGAAAACCCUGGAUUUUUCACCCGUUCCGAGCCAUGCAUCCAUGAUUUUGCCCUGAAGACCAACUCUAAUCCUCGCCGAGGAGGAGAUCGUCAUCGUCAUGUACAGGGAACGAGGGAUUGGUGGGUCCAAGACUGAGGUGGGACUUGUCGAUCGGAAACGGAUCAACGAUGCUCUUGAUAAACAUCUCGAGCGCUCCUCUCCUUCUACCUCCAGAGCAAUCAACAAGGAUGUUUCGUCGCAGUCUCGUCUCAUGGGGAAACAACCGCCUGAUCGCAAAGAUCUCCUCUCCAAAAACAAUUCCUCCGAUGAGGAAUCUGAGACAGACAGUGAAGACUCAGAGGUUAGUGGUUCUGAUGGGGAGGACACAUCCUGGAUCUCAUGGUUUUGCAAUCUGCGGGGAAAUGAAUUCUUUUGUGAAGUCGAUGAUGAUUACAUUCAAGAUGAUUUUAACCUCUGUGGGUUAAGCAGUCAAGUUCCUUAUUAUGAUUAUGCACUUGAUUUGAUUUUGGAUGUUGAAUCCUCUCAUGGAGAUAUGUUUACAGAGGAACAACAUGAGUUAGUGGAGUCAGCGGCAGAGAUGCUUUAUGGUCUGAUUCAUGCCCGAUAUAUAUUGACUGGCAAAGGGAUGGUAGCUAUGCUGGACAAGUACAAGAACUGUGACUUUGGGAGAUGCCCAAGAGUUUACUGCUGUGGACAGCCCUGCCUUCCAGUUGGUCAAUCAGACAUUCCUCGGUCAAGCACUGUCAAAAUAUGUUGCCCCAGAUGUGAAGAUGUGUACUACCCCCGUUCCAAAUACCAAGGUAACAUUGAUGGAGCCUACUUUGGAACAACAUUUCCUCACGUGUUCUUGAUGACAUAUGGACAUCUCAAGCCACAAAAGCCAACACAGAGUUAUGUUCCAAGAGUAUUUGGGUUCAAAAUACACAAACCAUGACAGUGGAAGUUCAAGCUUCUUUGGUUAAGAAGAGUUGGCAAAGGUAAAAGUCACGUAGGAUGCCCUAAAUCUGCCCCUGCCUUCACUCCAGAAGAACCAGAAAAUAAUGGGGAAAACUUGUUCUUAAUAUGUUCAAGCAAAUAUCAUAAAGAAAUUAUGCAAUCAUGUCAGGUAAUUAGUCCUCAUAUAUUAGUUGCCUAAGUAGCUAGCUUCUUUUCGUUUCAAUUUUCCGAGUUGCAAAUUUUCAAUUUACUUUUUCUUCGUAGAGUAAUUUGAAACUAAUGAAUUUUAUGUUUAGAGGUUUGAUAUUUUGUUGUUACCUGAGCACUUGAAUUUUAAAGGAUUGUGUUAUAUCAUCUGAUCCAUUUGUGUUUC